AUGCGGCAGCCGGCAGGCGGCGGGCACACGACUGGCUGCCCUUCCCACGGCCCGCCGAGCUUCUCCGCCAUUAAACACGGCCAACGAAAAUAUGGCGCAUUGUGCGGGGAGGGGCGGGCGUCGCGACGCCGCAGCGCCAGACACUCUGCCGGGUCGCUGUGGGCGGCGCAGAACGCCGCGACUCGUCCCGGCCCGUCUGUACGGGCGUCGUGUGGGCCGCGAGCGCUGCCCACGGCGCGCCGCACCCUGGCCGGGCCGUAUAAACACGCGCAGCGCAGAUCCUCCGCGUUCCCGAUCCACUGGUUACAGCAGCAAGAACCUGUUACAGGUACUGCAAAAUAUUUAGAUAUCGUCGAAAUUGCUGAAGAUGGAUCUACGUUACUUGGAUGUUCAGAAUUAACGGGGCGGUUUUGGUGUGGCUCGUUGUGGUAUUCUGAGGAUGCAGAACUAACGCCAGAUGUGUAUAAAUGUCUAACAGGCGUUGAUCGUGAGACGAGUGUGUGCGAUGGGAAGUUCCCGCAUAAGUAUAAAAUUGUUGUUGAUGAAGACUCGGGUGUUAUUCAAGUACUCGCCCCCGGGUUCCCGGAGGAUACAUGCCUCGGGUCUGCUUGCGAGCAUGAUGAUAGUGUUAGCUCCCUUUCAACAUUUAACGAUAAGAAGAAGGUUGUUUCAGGAAGUUUUGAUUGCAGUAUAAAGGUAUGGGAUAUAGAGACACUACCUCCAGAACAUACAUACAGACCUGCUCACGCACAUCAUGUGACGUCAGUGACAAUUAGUCGUAUGGACAGAUGCCUUCUGGCAUCAACUUCUCUUGAUGGUACAGCACUAUUGUGGGACACGAGGAAGUCCCAACCAUCUUCAGUUUUGUUCAGCGAUAUAGGGUUCACUUCAGUAGACUGGCGGCCACUAAAAUUUGAGUUUGUUGUUGUUGGUUCCACAACUGGUGAUAUUUUUACUGUCGAUGUUCGGCACCCGAAGCAACCUCUGGAUACAUUGACUGUAUUUAGCAGACCUGUCUAUAAACUUAGGUUUUCCAGUUGCCAUGAUCUGUUGGCAGCCUGUGCUGAAAGUACAGAAGUAAAAGUAUUCGACUUUAAGAGCGACACAGCAACAGAAAUCUAUUCUGACGACCGUCACAAGGACUUUGUUCGUGGUAUCGCAUGGCAUCAAAGGGACACAUCAUUUUACACCUGUGGAUGGGAUAAGCAGGUAUUUCGCCUUAUUCCAAGUGAAGCUUCAGCAGAAAUGGAAGUAAAUGAAGUUGGUGGAGAUCGUGCCCUUUCUUAGGAAAGCUUUU